AUGGAGGAGCACAAAAUCUAUGUUGGUAAUUUAAGCUACGACACUGACAAUGAAUCUCUCAAAAUCUGUUUUGAUAAAGUAGUGGAAGUUGUAGAUGGUAAGUUAUAACACGGCCUAAUCUAAUGGCUGGUGAGCUUUUUAAUCAGUUCUCAGAAGGAAAUUCGUUGUAAGAAAAUUUAAGAAAAUGGCGCAAUUUAUUUCAGUGUACGUUCGCGGCGUUCAUGGUCAGUUUUCUAGUUUAUUAUCAUUACAAUCGGGUUUUUCUCUGUCAGUUGUGUCUCAAUCAAGGAAGAAUUUGGAAUCUAAAGAAAUUACGUGAACAGCUAUUAUAAUGGUAGCUUCGCGUCAUGUCGCCAUCGAGCACGCGGUGGGUUGAUGAGAGAGCGAGGGAGUUUUCGAGAACUUCAUUCAUCAGUGUAAAUCGUUAAGCAUUGACUUUAUAGCUUUAUAACUAACAUGGGAAAUGCAAGCCACGAUCGUACUAGAGUGUACUGAUCGUUAGCAAUCCAGCGUUAUCGGCUGUUAGAGUGAGAGUUGAUGAUUCUGAUACUACAAGGUCCGUCAUUGACCGAAGGUGGAAAUCGGUAAUCUCGAAGUUGUGUUAAGAGAUAUUCAUUUGGUGGUGCCCACAAAAAUCUCCUAAGUUUCAAGUUGUUAAAGCUGUUUUUGAGGGGAAUAUCAGAACAAACAGUGUACUUUUCCCAGCCUUCGAAUUGACAGGGAAGCCGUGAAAUGGGAGAAAUUACGUCUUAGAUUUCCGAUGUUGGCCUAUUUCCACAGUUUUGUUUGUUAAUCUCACGCAGUGGCAGAAUGGAGUUGGUGACUUAUUCCUGUGCUAUUUGUGCGGUUUCAGUUUUAAAGCAGAAAAUUUAAAUUAGGACUUGCUAACUAACCAAUUCUUUGGGUGAAUUAGCUAAUAAAAUUCACAUAGAAAUAGGUCAAAAGGUAGACCUACAAUUACCUAUGAAAACUCAGUGAUAAGAAUCAUAAACUUUUAAAGUGUGAACUUGAGUAUACUUUUGGAAUUCUUAGUAGGGUGUUUUCGUCUCAAUGAUUCUAGAUUUGUGUUUCUGGAGAGUAACUAUUGAAUUUUAGAUAAGGUGGAAUUGAUGUAGCAGGUAGAUCUAGAUUUAAGCUUGUCAUUAUGUGGGUUUUUCAAUGAUUCUGUUCGAAAAACAUCAACAAAGAGGUGGAAGAAACUUAAAACUCAGGUACUUUUAUCAGAUAAAUUAUUUGUUGAAAGAACAGCAUCAACAUCUCAUCACAAGAGUUCCUUGUAGAUAGGGUUGGUUUAUUUUUGUGGUGUCUUGAAAGUUGUGAAUGUAUUCUCUUUUGAAGAAUUAGAAAAAUUCCAAACAAUAUAAAUUUCUUAUGUGUGAACCUCUUUGCUUUUCAACAGCUAAAAUUGUCAUGGAACGAGAAAAUCCAAGCCGAUCAAGAGGGUUUGGCUUUGUAACAGUGAAUUCAGCAGAUGAUAUCCAAAGGGCGGUUGAGGAAUUGAAUGAUACUGUAAGAUUUGACUUUUCUAAUGCUCAGAUUGUAUUUUGCACACAAUUGUUUUUAGUUUAGGCAAUCUCAUCUUGUCCCAAGGACUGAGUCAGUUGCUCAGUUUCUCUAUACAAUAUCACCCCUGGAUCAAACAGUAGGGUCCUGAGAAGAAAGGAAAUGAUCACCAAUAAAAUAACCUUGAUUGUUAAACAAAUUCUUCUUAUCAGCACUCAAGGACAUGCAUAGAGAGUAGUAUGGAGAAUAUGCAUACUGAUGUUGGGGUGAAAGGGGUAUAUUAACAUGUGAUAAGUUAUUUCUUCUUGGCUGCACACAAAUUGUGAAUUAAUUAUUAAUUCUUGCUUUUAAAAUUCAUGUUGUGUAUAGGCAGUAAUGAUAAAAGAUGUGUUUUUCUCUCUCAGUGCUUUAGAGAAAAACAGUUUCUGUUUUUAAAUUGAUAGAAAAGAUAUCAGAGGUACAGUUUGAUAGUUUUAAGACUCUGUGAACACUGCUUACUUUAAAAAUUCUUGAAAGGAUUUGGAUGGUCGAACAAUCAAAGUAUCAAAAGCAAAUGCAAGAGGUGGAGGAGGCGGAGGAGGUGGUGGUUACAGACGGGGUGGAGGAGGAGGAUACCGAGGUGGCCGGGGAGGCAGAGGAGGAGGUGGAGGUGGAGGAUACAGAGAAAGGGGCUAUGGUGGAGGAGGUAUGACUAGCCAUAACAUUUUCUGGCAGAUAGGCUGAAGUUUCAGUAAAAGCCAUCUAUCAGCAGUCUACCACCACUGUCUGGUUAUCUUGCAAGCAAGCUCUCGAGUUUGGCUUUUGCCUUACAGCACAGCCGCUUAUGGUAAAAGUUAUAGAGGCCCCCUGUUGCUGACUCUUACUGCAAAUAUCAUCAUGUCUUAGUUGCUUAUGUACAUGUGACUUCUCACUUCCCUUUGGGAAAAUUGCUCUUCGAUUUUUUGGAUACACUAAAGAUGUUAUCACAGUUAUCUCCAGUAUAACCCUAUUGCCUAGUUGAUAAGGUAUAGUCCUGUAAAAUUAACAUAGAAAGCAAGUUUGAGGGCAUAUCCAACAAUUGACCAAUUUGUAGGACAGUCCAACACUCAGCAAUAUGAAAAGUCUGGUAAAUGAUGUAAAGACAAAGAGAAGUGAAGUGAAUUAAUUGUCUAUAGCAAUGCCAGGAAAUUGAUAUUUUGGUCAGUGAACACUUCGCGUCUUCCUAAAAAUCAAUCAAAGUGUUGUGUUUUUUCUUUCAUAGGAGGUGGUUAUGGGAGCAGAAGUUAUGGAGGAGGAGGUGGCGGAGGUUAUGAUGGUGGGUACGACGAUGGCUACUCAGGUUCUUAUUCUGGAGGAAAUCAAUACCGAAAAGGUAGUGCACAUUGAAAUGUAUUUUCGUAUUAGACAAGAGAAAAUGAGGAUAUGCAGAGAGAAAUUCCUGUUUCAUAUCCCCUGGAUGUAUCAUUUCCACCAAACAUCUAAAGUUAUUAAUUUGUCCAUUGUAUGAAAUCCUUUUUUUUUAAGUCAUCUGGAUGAAGGGUAACCUCAGUUCAGUGUCCUAACUGGCAGAUGUACAUAAUUUGUGACAGUAUGGUGAAAACUCAAUAAAAGAUAGAAAAGUAUCUUUCUCCUUGAUUAAAAUUUUAUAAUGUAGAAUUAACAAAAAUUGACUUGGCUUUCAGUCUUUUAGUGAAACAGAUUUAAGUGGAUUGAGCAUAUUUUAGUUACUGUCUUUCCCUAGAUCUCAUUUUCUCUUGAAAUGGUAUGUUUAAUGCGUGUGUUAUUUAAGUGUUCAUUGAAUGAAAAUCUGGCUUGUCUCUGUUUAGCUCCAUUAAACCUGUGGUUUUCUCCUUUGCUGAAAUGAUAUCUGAAGGAGAAUGAAGUGUUUGGGUUAAGGCCUCACUCAUCAUUUUUUCAGGCAUAAUGCAAACUGAUUACCAAAGUGAUGCACAUUUUGGGGUUUUGUCAUUUUUACUGUAAUUUGGAGUUACUUGAGGAGUCUUGAGCCUUUCUGUGAGCUCAUCAAGGCUUUUGUAGAUUGUAGAAGGAAAUCAUGAUGAUUUCCAGACUAGUUCUCUAGACCUAUGCUGUUUAUUUAUAGCAAUUGGAUUAAAAUGGAAAAGAGAUAGUGAGGUAUUUACACUUGUGACCAUAUUAAUGAAAACUGAUAGAAUUCCAUUUUCCACGUUGGGCAAGUUACAGAUAAAUUUGCCCACUAAGUUCUAUUUUGAUGAAAUUUAAGAUAAUGUGACCCCUGGUACACUGGUUUUUAUUCAGUGGUGACUCCUAAUGAUUCCAUUUGUUCUGUUUGUCCAUUCUCACAAAAGGCCGUGACUGGUAAUGAUCUGUUCAACUUCCGUGAUUCAACUCUGUUCCUGUAUAUGCAUUGAUGUGCUGAGGUGCUAGAACAAGACAAAAAAAUUCGGUGUGCUGUCCUGAAACUUGAUGAAUGAUAAACCUCAGCUCAUGAUGUUCAGUGCACUGAAGUUUCCUGUGUUGUUGACCUAUGUGCUUACUGCUAUGAAAACCUCAGCCAGUGAUGUUUGGCUUUCUGAUGUUCUGAUGAAAUAUGUCUUAGUAGAAAUAGCUCAUUGUAGCAGAGACCAUAUACUCAUUUGUAUCUUUAUUGACUACUUAAGCACAAAGAAUAAGGUUUUUUUUGUUUUGUGUUGUUUUUUUUUGUAUUUAUUCAGCCAACACUGUUGGUUUUGUUCCUUUUUUUACUGAAUAUUCCAUAACUUAGCCCUAUUAAAAGAAAAUGUUUUGCUGUGUCCGUUGCAAGUGAUAAAAAGGGUUGAUAUGAACAACAGUGGUUUGAGUGGAUAUGACAAAGAAAGGAGUCAUGAAAAAUAAUCAAGUCUGUCUAUCAAAUUCAUACCCACAGUUCUAGUGGUGUUGGUCUGUUCAAUUGGAAACUGGGACAAGGUGGUUUCCUUGAAGACUUGCUGGUUAUCGGGAAGUGAUAACUACUAAGUUCCCUUUGAUGUCCACAUUACUAGAUUACAAUAAACUAGACCUCAAAGUCGUGAGUGGUUUCAAAACAGAGUGUAAGAAUUUUCAAGAUAAUUUUUUCCCUUCAGUCUGCUUGGGUUGUCAAUUAUCAAAAACCUUUGGUUGACAAAAUAUUUCUGUUAGAUAGUUGGCAGGGUAUAAAGGAACAGAAUAUGAGAUAACAGUGAUUAUUCAAAUGGGAAAGGAUAUUGUUUGAGAGUAUUGCUCUCACUUUUGUGGUCCCAAAAUAUCUUAAAUUUAUAGGUCAAGGUUCGACACAGGAAAAGUUUGAUGUGACAUCACUUAAAGGGCAUAUGUAGAAGUGACCUGAUGUAGCAUGCAAACAUUUGGUUGUGCCAAGUCUUGCACUGUUGGAAAAAAAGAAAGUUUAUAAGUGAAGCAUUCCAGACCUUGAAAAAGUAUGAAAAGUAGAGAUAAAGUGUGGCUAAGUGGCAUGAAGCCAAGGGAUUAUGUUUUGGAUCAAGAGGAUUAGAUUUUGCAGCCAGGAUUUCAUGGAAAAGCUGUUUUUUUUUUUGUUUUUUUGUUUUUUUGACAAUGCAGUAGUGAGGUUGAGACUUUUCUCACCUUCGUCUUUGAAAUAAUUGCCACACUAUGGGUGCAUUCUUUUUACAGUUCAUGGUUUUCUUCUUGUUUGGAAACAAUUUUGAACUUUACAUGCCGAAAAUUUUCACAAAGUAUCAUGGAACAUCUUGCAAAGUUUCAAUUUCUUUUUCCCUCUCUUAUACAAAGACGUAUGAGAUAGGCUGAAAGGGUAAUUCUUUUAAGAUUUUGAAAAAAUCUGAAAUUGAAUUGAGUCAUUGCCAUCGCACCAAUUCUCCAGUGCUUUGGAUGGAGGGUACAGUUUGUGUGCUGCAGUUCCAGGUGAGGAUUGGUGGUUUUGUCAGGAGGCAGAAUCACGUUCCCGGAAACACCUGGUAUGUUUAUGCCCAUGGUAAGUUGAUGUGUUUCGUUAUUGUGCUUAGGUGUUUUUUUUCUUUCUGAUUUCUGGACUAUCAUGUAGUGAACUACUGAGUGGAUGUCUCAAACUGGUUAAUUAUUCUACAAACUUAAGAUAGCGUUGAUAUAGCUCAGUUUAGUCCAAGGGCGAGGUCACAACUUGAAGGAUUUUUACAAGGAAUUUUCCUUUAUUACAACUCUUGUUUUGGAAUCACUACUAUUAUUUUGCUAUUUAUAUAGUGAAGAAAUUAGUUUUUUUAGGCUGCUUGGGGUAAUCCUCUCCACUUGAAUAGGAGUAUUGUUUCUUG